UUUGAAAAUGUUAUCAGUCAGUUUUCGAAUUUUCAGACGUUUACGAUUGCACUAGCAACCAAUUCAGAUAUCCUUAGAAAUCUUAAACAAGAAUUACAAAUUUUAAUCAAAAUGAAGUAUAUUAUUGCCGUUUUACUCGCAUUGUUCGCUUUAGCCGCUGCCCAGGAGUACAAGGUACGCAAUCAGGAUGAUUUGCUGAAGGCGCGCAAAGAAUGUAUGGAAGCGAAGAAGGUCCCAGCAGAUCACAUUGAGAAGUACAAGAAGUUCGAGUUCCCCGAUGAUGAGGUGACGCGAUGCUACAUUGAGUGCGUUUUCAACAAAUUCCAACUAUUCAGUCCUACCGAAGGUUUCAAGACACAAAAUCUAGUUGCUCAACUUGGCCACAAUAAGGAAAACAAAGAUGCUCUGAAAGCCGAUAUUGAGAAGUGCGCUGACAAGAAUGAACAGAAAUCUGAUUCGUGUACAUGGGCCUACCGUGGAUUCAAGUGCUUCAUCAGCAAGAACUUAUCGCUGGUGCAAGAAAGCCUCAAGAAGAACUAGAUGCGUUCACACGUGAAGAGAAGUGAAGAGUUGCCGGUGCCAAAUCCCAAAAACAACACACAAACAAACACAAAGUACAAUCUUAAGACCAAUGGAACUAUGCAGAGGUGUGCUACCACCAACAACUACAUCACAAUCACAGCGAAUAUGGUUAUGCCCAUACUAUAAGUUGCGAGGCGCACGGCAAGCAGUUGAAAUGUUGGGGAAAAUAAAAUAAAACAAAUAAACAUAUGAAAUAGUACGGUUGAAUCAUCUUGAAACGUCCUGUUAUUUUCGCAUUUAACUACUCUUAUUUUGUUCACACAUAAAUUAUAUUUCAUUCAUUUGAUGUUAAUAAACUUUCACGAAUAAAAAUGAAAUGAAUUACGAUGAGCAAAACAAA